AUGAAGGAAGGAAACAAAAAUAUGAAGAACCUGGAUGAGAAAUUUGUGUUCUGUGCAGUCAUGGGAGAUAGUAUGGUAGGAAAGACCAGCAUCUCCGAGACCUAUUCUAAGGGAUUCUUUAAUGAGAAUUCUGAAACCACAGUAUUUGACAAAUAUGUCGUUCCACUGCAAGUCGCUGGAGAGGAGUUUAUCAUCAGUAUGUUCGACACUGCAGGAAAGAUAGAGAACAUUGAGAAGAGACACUCCAAACAAACCAAACAGAAGAGACCGGUCAUCCUCGUUGGCACCAAGAUAGACCUCCGGGUCGGCAAUCAAGACAGCGAGGUUAGCACUGACGAGGGUGUCCAACUGGCCAAGGACAUUGGUGCUGACUGUUAUGUGGAGUGCUCGGCCCGCGACCAGAAGGGUUUGAAGGAGGUAUUUCAGCAUGUUGUCUUCUCCGCUCUCAAAUUCAGGAAAAAGAAAACCAACAUUUUCAAGAAGAUGUUCAGACGCAGAAGUGCCUCUUUUGCCAAUUAUUAA